AUGGCCGACUGGGCUCAAUGCUUCAACUACUGCCAGUGCGCAACUCGCAUGACUAUUGAGCGGUGCAUUGGAGCCUUCAAGGGUCGUUGGCGUCUGUUCGCUGGACGCAACGUUUGCAAGCUGUGGCGGGUGCUCGUUGGCGCCCCGUGCUGCGUCAUCCUGCCCAACAUGGCGCCGCGACGGGCGACGGGAGUUGGGCCGGGGCAGGUCGGGGCCGGGGCAGGUCCGGGACAGGGCAGCAGGGGCCGCGCGACGGGGCAGCAGGGGCCGCGCGCGGCUCCCCUGGGCAGCGCGACGGGGCAGCAGGGCCGCGCGACGGGGCAGCAGGGGCCGCGCGCGGCUCCCCUGGGCAGCGCGACGGGGCAGCAGGGCCGCGCGACGGGGCAGCAGGGGCCGCGCGCGGCUCCCCUGGGCAGCGCGACGGGGCAGCAGGGCCGCGCGACGGGGCAGCAGGGGCCGCGCGCGGCUCCCCUGGGCAGCGCGACGGGGCAGCAGGGCCGCGCGACGGGGCAGCAGGGGCCGCGCGCGGCUCCCCUGGGCAGCGCGACGGGGCAGCAGGGCCGCGCGACGGGGCAGCAGGGGCCGCGCGCGGCUCCCCUGGGCAGCGCGACGGGGCAGCAGGGCCGCGCGACGGGGCAGCAGGGGCCGCGCGCGGCUCCCCUGGGCAGCGCGACGGGGCAGCAGGGGCCGCGCGACGGGGCAGCAGGGGCCGCGCGCGGCUCCCCUGGGCAGCGCGACGGGGCAGCAGGGCCGCGCGACGGGGCAGCAGGGGCCGCGCGCGGCUCCCCUGGGCAGCGCGACGGGGCAGCAGGGCCGCGCGACGGGGCAGCAGGGGCCGCGCGCGGCUCCCCUGGGCAGCGCGACGGGGCAGCAGGGCCGCGCGACGGGGCAGCAGGGGCCGCGCGCGGCUCCCCUGGGCAGCGCGACGGGGCAGCAGGGCCGCGCGACGGGGCAGCAGGGGCCGCGCGCGGCUCCCCUGGGCAGCGCGACGGGGCAGCAGGGCCGCGCGACGGGGCAGCAGGGGCCGCGCGCGGCUCCCCUGGGCAGCGCGACGGGGCAGCAGGGCCGCGCGACGGGGCAGCAGGGGCCGCGCGCGGCUCCCCUGGGCAGCGCGACGGGGCAGCAGGGGCCGCGCGACGGGGCAGCAGGGGCCGCGCGCGGCUCCCCUGGGCAGCGCGACGGGGCAGCAGGGCCGCGCGACGGGGCAGCAGGGGCCGCGCGCGGCUCCCCUGGGCAGCGCGACGGGGCAGCAGGGGCCGCGCGACGGGGCAGCAGGGGCCGCGCGCGGCUCCCCUGGGCAGCGCGACGGGGCAGCAGGGCCGCGCGACGGGGCAGCAGGGGCCGCGCGCGGCUCCCCUGGGCAGCGCGACGGCGCAGCAGGGCCGCGCGACGGGGCAGCAGGGGCCGCGCGCGGCUCCCCUGGGCAGCGCGACGGGGCAGCAGGGCCGCGCGACGGGGCAGCAGGGGCCGCGCGCGGCUCCCCUGGGCAGCGCGACGGGGCAGCAGGGCCGCGCGACGGGGCAGCAGGGGCCGCGCGCGGCUCCCCUGGGCAGCGCGACGGGGCAGCAGGGCCGCGCGACGGGGCAGCAGGGGCCGCGCGCGGCUCCCCUGGGCAGCGCGACGGGGCAGCAGGGCCGCGCGACGGGGCAGCAGGGGCCGCGCGCGGCUCCCCUGGGCAGCGCGACGGGGCAGCAGGGCCGCGCGACGGGGCAGCAGGGGCCGCGCGCGGCUCCCCUGGGCAGCGCGACGGGGCAGCAGGGCCGCGCGACGGGGCAGCAGGGGCCGCGCGCGGCUCCCCUGGGCAGCGCGACGGGGCAGCAGGGCCGCGCGACGGGGCAGCAGGGGCCGCGCGCGGCUCCCCUGGGCAGCGCGACGGGGCAGCAGGGCCGCGCGACGGGGCAGCAGGGGCCGCGCGCGGCUCCCCUGGGCAGCGCGACGGGGCAGCAGGGCCGCGCGACGGGGCAGCAGGGGCCGCGCGCGGCUCCCCUGGGCAGCGCGACGGGGCAGCAGGGGCCGCGCGACGGGGCAGCAGGGGCCGCGCGCGGCUCCCCUGGGCAGCGCGACGGGGCAGCGGGGCCGCGCGACGGGGCAGCAGGGGCCGCGCGCGGCUCCCCUGGGCAGCGCGACGGCGCAGCAGGGCCGCGCGACGGGGCAGCAGGGGCCGCACGCGGCUCCCCUGGGCAGCGCGACGGGGCAGCAGGGCCGCGCGACGGGGCAGCAGGGGCCGCGCGCGGCUCCCCUGGGCAGCGCGACGGGGCAGCAGGGCCGCGCGACGGGGCAGCAGGGGCCGCGCGCGGCUCCCCUGGGCAGCGCGACGGGGCAGCAGGGCCGCGCGACGGGGCAGCAGGGGCCGCGCGCGGCUCCCCUGGGCAGCGCGACGGGGCAGCAGGGCCGCGCGACGGGGCAGCAGGGGCCGCGCGCGGCUCCCCUGGGCAGCGCGACGGGGCAGCAGGGCCGCGCGACGGGGCAGCAGGGGCCGCGCGCGGCUCCCCUGGGCAGCGCGACGGGGCAGCAGGGCCGCGCGACGGGGCAGCAGGGGCCGCGCGCGGCUCCCCUGGGCAGCGCGACGGGGCAGCAGGGCCGCGCGACGGGGCAGCAGGGGCCGCGCGCGGCUCCCCUGGGCAGCGCGACGGGGCAGCAGGGCCGCGCGACGGGGCAGCAGGGGCCGCGCGCGGCUCCCCUGGGCAGCGCGACGGGGCAGCAGGGCCGCGCGACGGGGCAGCAGGGGCCGCGCGCGGCUCCCCUGGGCAGCGCGACGGGGCAGCAGGGCCGCGCGACGGGGCAGCAGGGGCCGCGCGCGGCUCCCCUGGGCAGCGCGACGGGGCAGCAGGGCCGCGCGACGGGGCAGCAGGGGCCGCGCGCGGCUCCCCUGGGCAGCGCGACGGGGCAGCAGGGCCGCGCGACGGGGCAGCAGGGGCCGCGCGCGGCUCCCCUGGGCGGCGCGACGGUCGGGAUUCUCCUUUUUAA